AUGGAUAGCGACGGAGAGAACAACAGCGCCACCUCUACGCGACGGAUCCCGGAACAAAAGCUGUCCUGUGACCAAUGCAGACAACGAAAGGUCAAAUGCGAUCGUGAAGAUCCCUGCGGUCCAUGCCAAAGGAAGCAAAUACACUGUUCUUACCCAAUCGGCUUCAAGACAAGGGCAAAGAGACACCGUGCCUUAGUGUCUGAUGGCUACGAAGCCAAAUUGAACGACAUCUCGCUAAAGCUGGAUCAGAUCAGCCUCGCCGUUAACAACAUCUCCUCUCCCCUUCUCGGCUCAUCAGCCGCUCAUAGCGCCUUGGCUUCGCAUAUAACACCGCAAUCUUACUCAAACUCCCCGUCAGAGCCACUGAGAAAUAGCGACGAUGUAUCCUCGGAAUUGGAUGACGAUGUCACGCUCACUACCCAAGCGACAUUUGCAACUAACCUGCUACAGCAAGUUGUCGAUAGCAACAAAGGACCGGGCCAAGUACACGAACUCGAGAAAAAUCUUGAUGAGUUGCGGAAGAUCCUGAGCAAGGGAAAUGCAGGGAAUGUAGACCCUCAACUUAUUGAUACCCAGCAAACUCUUCAUCCGGCGGGACAGGGAGGUUAUCAACUUCCUCCGAUACAUCUAGCUAUGAUGGCUAUACAGAGACUUCGAGAGUCCCCUAGACUGAAAUGCUUUUGGUGUAUCGAGUUUGAGAGCAUCGGUCAGUUUGUCGAAUAUUUCAUGACAGUCUACUUUGGCAAACCAACACUUGCCGACCUUAUCAUCACCCACGCAGGGCUACAACGUCUUUUACUGGAAUGUGAAAAGAUGGAACAUGAUCAGGUCCUGAAGAAUGAGCUCAAGACACAGGGACUUCUCUGCCGACAAAAUCUCGAAACGAUAUUGGCUGGCCUUCCGUUCAAUCUACCAUGCACAGCCGAUUAUGUUCUCGCUCUAUACAUGGCGGCGACAUAUUAUCUUGACCGAUGCCGUAUAUCGCUAUCAUGGAACUGUCUCGCCGCCUCAGCCCAAAUGUGUCAGAGACUCGGCCUCAUUCGCGAAACCCUUUCAAAGCCAGAGACGCGAGAAGAAAAACAGCGCAGAGGUAAAAUAGUGUGUUGGAUCCACAUGCUGGACAAGAUGCUUUCGAUGCGCCUCAGUAGACCGUCUCUGAUACGAGUUGGGGAAAUCACACUGAACUUUGAAGCAUUGGAGACAUCUGGAAGCGACGGCCUACCACCCAUCCUGUCCAAAUGGACGGACUUCUGUGAUCUACAAGGCAGAGUAUAUGAUGAUUUGUACAGCCCUAGAGCUUUGAUGCUACCAGUUGAUGAAAGGGAGUCUCGGGCGAGAGAUCUUGCAGCAGAUCUGAAGAAGCUCUACCAUGGUAGGAAUGCAGCAGAGGACCGGUUCAUCGAGAUGUCUCGCCUGGGUGUUGGUGAUACAAUCACCGAUCUAUUCCAACGAGCUGACAAGAUAGCAUUCCUGUCAAUGCUUUGCCUUGUUUAUCGGGCCAUCAAACCCAAGCCCACAACAUCUUCUGCAUUCUGUGAUGAGUGUUUUGAUGUGGCAAAACAGGCACUUGAUGAGCAUAGAAUAUGCUUGUCUAUUUUGCGCCAUGCCGAAUCAGGCAUGCUUGAGCAUUACGUGCACUGGGCGUUCAUGGCGGUACCACUGAUACCGUUCAUCGUACUCUUCUGCCAUGCCAUCGAGACAUGUGAUCCAGUCCACCUAGAGAGCCUAGCAGCUGUAGUCGAAACAGCCCACAUCACCACAGAACUUCCCGACGUCUACAGAAAACAGCUUCGCUUAUUCAAGCUCAUGUACGAUGUCGCAUGCAAAUACGUAGGCUCUAGGGAAAGUAACACGACAAUCCAUGCCUCAGGUAGAAUACCCGACACACCUUUCGAGAUGCUUUUUGUUGAGGCUGGUGUCCCUCUUCCAGGGCACAUGGGCAUGCCGACGGGUAUGCAGAGUUUUCACGAUGGGUCGCAGCACGGUAGUGGUACAGGUUUUGGCAAUAUUCCGAUGGGGGACAAUGGGAAUUUGACGGAGUAUGGGGGUUUUACUCAUAGUAUGGAGCUGGGGAAUUGGUUUGAGCAGAACCAAGAGAUUUUCAUGAUGUUGGAUAAUAAUACGGAGCAGAACUUGUAG